AUGGCCAACUCACCCUCCUCCCCUCAACCAACUUGUGCUCGAGACUCCCUACUAUGUGAGUACAAGCUUUCUGAAGAGGACAUUGAGAAGUUCAAGGCAAAGUUUGGCAAUAACUCGAUGGAAUCUUUCGAAGCUGUGGUGAACUUCAUGGAUCAAAUUGAGUCUUCUGGCGAUUCUGUCCUUCUUCAGAUGAAUGAACCAUUUGCACGAAACAAGCUCCUUGAUGUAGUGGAGUGGAAUCAACAUUGUCGCUCCUUUGAAGCUAAGAUGGAUGACAAACGUCGCUCCUUUGAAGCUAAGAUGGAUGACAAACGUCGCGCCUUUGACACUGAGAUGAAUGACAAACGUCAAGCCUUUGACACUGAGAUGGAGGAGAUGCAUCAGACCCACAAGGAGGUGAUGGAUAUCGUGGAGGAAAAGCUCAAACUUCGUCGUCAAGAACGCUUUGUUGGAAGUCCUCCAGGAGACUCUCGUCCAGAUGAAGUUGAAAAGCAAGUCUUCAUGAUUCCUAAACUGGCUAGUAUUAUCAAUGCCAUCUUCAACAUCUCCAAACGUGUACCAUUCUUCUUCAUGAACAUCUUCCUUUAUCUCAAAGCUACCAUCAUGAUUCCAGUGGCCAACGAUAAUGGCAUCCACAAGGACAACCACAUCUACAAUGACAAUGACAACGGCAUCCGCAAUGACAACAGCAUCCACAAGGACAAGGACAUUGACAACAACAUCCACAAUGACAACCACAUCCACAAGGACAUCAACAUCCACAAUGACAAGGACAACGGCAUCGACAAGGAAAAGGACAACGACAAUGACAAGGACGACGACAUUCACAAUGACAACAACAUCCACAAUGACAAGGACAACAGCAUGGACAGGGAAAAGGACAUUGACAAUGACAACCACAUCCACAAUGACAACCACAAUGACAAUGAUGACGAGGGUGACCAUGGGGUCCAUAAUGAGAGUGACAUCAAGGAUUGGCAAGAGCAACAAGAUGAAGUUCAAUCCCUCACCACAGAGGAGAACUUGGACCAUGACCCUCAAAUGAAUCCAGCUAAUGUCCUUGUUGGACUGGGUGGCUUGUCUGCUCAUGAUGUUGCUUCUAUCAGAAACCAAGUGGAAGAAAAUUACAUGUCUAGCCUACACGGCCUUUCUGACAAUGAGGUUGCUUUCGUCAAAGACAUAAUGGAAAAGGAAGUACACACUGCCAUGUUGGAGCUCAUCUCUAAAAGGUGGGAGGAGUGGCAGCAACGUCAAGAUGAAUACACCCAGAUCCAAAACCACCUCACGUUAUCAGUCAUUCGUCCCAUCCGUGCAGCUGAGAUGGAGGAGUUUCGUCGCAACCAUGCAGCUGAGAGGGAGGAGUUGCGACGAAACCAUGCAGCUGAGAUGGAGGAGUUGCAGGAGAUUCGUCGCAAUAAUGCUGCUGAGAUGAUGCGUGGAUUACAGGAGUUAUUUCAGGAGUUCGCUCAGGAGUUACAUGGCCCGGAGAACAACGCAGCCGUGCAGGAGCUUGAUCAUGCGGGAUUCCCUCAAUAA